AGGCAAUCCACUUUCAAACGCAUUGCAACGCAUUCAAACGCAUGGGAUAACAUGCUGUUGACAGUUGUCCAUCAGAUAAAUAGUGAAACGUCAGUGGAAACGUUGCUGUCAUUGCACAAGAAACAAUAUUUCUAAUUUUAGUCAACACUCAGUUGUGAAUGACGUUUUUCUCUUCGAAACAAAACAAUUUAAGAACAUUUUGAAUACUAACGAUUGGAGACAAUUUAGCGGGAGGUUUUUGAGGAGAUUUUUGCGCAACUAACGCUAUGGACGAUGAUGACGAUAAUGAAAGUGUCAUUUCGGUGAGUCGAACGAGCGAAAAUAAUGCUGUUGGCAGCAAAGUUGCGAUUUUAAAAAGUUCCAAGGACUCGAGUUCAUCGUCAUCACGACGUGAUCGACGUCGAAAUCGAAGCAAGGAUGGUGAUGGAAGCAAUAAGCGUGUGGUGGUGUUGUUAAACGCAAACAGUGGUUCAUCGAGGAGUCGAGGCUCUGGGGCAAAGGGGAACAGCAGUAAUUCACAAUCGGGAGCACAAUGGUCCAAUGAUAUGCGAUAUAGUUCGACGGAAUUGCUCGACAUAACCUCACUUUCCGAAGUUGGAGUGUAUAACGGUGAAAGUUUGAACAGCAACAAAAUUACAAAUUUACUGGCUAAUUUACCGGAAGACAUGCGUAUAUCAAAGCUACUGCGACAGUUAAGCACCGAAAAAGAUUCAGCCGAAGCACGGAAAAUUUGCAUGAAAUUAAAUAUUGUCAUCAUGGACGGAACGAAUUCCGGUUACAUUCGUCGAUCAUUUGAUAUUCUCUCCGAUCACAUUUUACGAACAUUUAAGGAUGGUCCGAUUGAUGCGAUGAACGAUGUGGCCGGUGUCUUUGGCAAAAUGGGAUGGAUCGUUCGAUCCGAUUUUUCCAUUUAUCGUCAAUGGAUUCAGAAAAUGCAUAAAAUCGAACGCAUUCGUGAAUAUGUACUGAAAGCCCUACAAGAAACACUCGAAAUGGACGCAGUUAGCCGUGACAUUCGCAUGGAUAACUGCAAUCGAAUCAUCGAAAUGCUUAAGGAAUAUCUAGAUGGCACUGAUAAACCAACACAUUUUGUGGCUGUUACGAAUGUGAUUCAACAAUUUGCUCACAAUUAUCCGAAAUCAUUUCAACCACAUUUUGCCGAUAUUGUCGACUUUGUCAUCGGAUGGCAUUUGGAAACGAAUCAACUGUUGAGUAUAAAACAACAUUGCUCAUUCAUUUUGCAACAAUUCAAACAAUUUUGGCUGAACGAUGUAAACUUCACAAGGAAUUUACUGAACCAAUUUCUGGAAGAUAUAAUCAGCUACCGUGAUGAAAUUCAAAGCCAAAUCGAAGCAGCGGCCGGAGGAAGCGGUAGUAGCACACCGACACCAGAGAUAUGCUUUGGAUCUAUUGUUGGCGCAACAAAUUCGAUUUUGAAAUGUAUCUAUGAUACUCCAGCCGUGCUUUGCAACCACAUUGGCAUUGAUCUGCUGUCCGAUAUCAUUCGAAGCGUUUUAGAAAUGAUCCAAGCCUUUGAACAUGCACCACAGAAACACUAUACACCCGAACAAUGCGAUAUUAUUUACAUGUACGUGAAUGAGCUGAUUGUAAUCGCUUUGGACUGUCGCAAAAUUGGCGUCGAAGUAACCGAUGUGAUGCUUCUUGAAACGGUUGAAUUGCAGCUGAAUAACUUGAGCCCAACGGCAACAUCAGAUGAAAAGAUUGUCAUCAUCCUGUUUGUCAUUUAUAAGUUGGUGUCGGAAUUAAAAUCAAUGGUGCCGUUAGCCUUCAUGCAAACGAUAUUCUCCAUCGAAUCAACGAACGUAAUUCAUCAGCUCAAGUUUUCGCGAAACAAUCGAAUCGUCAAAUCAAUUGUAAAAAUCUACCAAACCGUGUUGAAUUUAAAAAGUGUCGAAAUGCUGCAAGAAGUCUAUCGCCAGAUUGUGGACGAUUUGAUGGUGGCCGUUAAUGUGCUUCAAUCGGAGAAUGUAGAUGAAAUGGAGAAUGCCAUUUACACGAAAGAACAGGCGAAAUGCAUUGUGAACUUUUACCUCAGAACGAUUUCAACGUUGGCCAUAGCCUCUUCAUCGAUCAUAGUGAUGUGGGUACUUGAACCAAAUAUCUUGGAACUGCUCAGCGAACGGUUAAAAUCAGCUGAUUACGUACAGUGGUCACAAUAUCCCGAAACACAUUUUGCCAUUGUCAGUCUCUUGAUCUCACACUGUCGUAAUAACAAUAACUUCAUUGCAUCCAGCACUCUAUUGAAUGAAGAGCUCACGAAAAUCACCGAUGUUUUUAGUAAAUUUUCAUUGGACGAAAGUGCGAACGCGAGUAGUUUUAGUGAAUUUGUACCGGGUGCGGCUUCAUUCAAUGUGCCCGUGCAAAAACCGACUUCUGAAUCAUCGCCCACCGCCGGACAUUUUGAAAUAAUUCUUAAGUACUUGUGCAAAAUUCUGAAAAAUCGUUCGCUCACCGAAAAUUCCGUGGCCAUUUUGUUGGAAUGGUGUGAGAAUUUAUUCCGGCAAACGGCAAUCUAUGCGAAUAUAUUGAAGAAUAAUGUGGAAUUUUCGCAAAUUUUGGAGUCAAUUAGUCGCAUUUCAAAUGAUAUUCAUGCAACGAAAAAGAUUCAAGUGAAAGCAGCCGAUUGUUAUGAUGCAUUACUCACCUAUGAUGCGCUGCAUUCGGAUCUUAUCGAAAGUAUUUCGGAGAUUUGUUGUGUAAAAAUGUGCGUCAGUGAUGAUUUGAUCCGGAAAAAAUAUUCGGAUUUAUUCGCCAAACUGCCACUGAAUGUAUCGCUAAAGCAAGUGAAUCAAUUUACCGGUUUGGCCAAAGCACAGCAUCGUCAAAUAAAUAAUAUUCAACAUUGGUAUCUACGCACAUCGAACCAGCAACGUGGUGGUGAGAUGCGAUCAAAAUAUGUUGUUGAUUUCAUACGUGCAAUUAAAAUCCGAGAAAGAAACUCAAGUGCUGCGGCCACCCACCAAUAUGAAAUCAUUGAAAAUAUCUUGAAGAAUAUUUUUAUUCAUUCGCAGAAUUCGUGCGAAGGCGUUCAAUCAAAGUCAAAACUCAAUGAGAUGGCCGACUUUUGUAAAGUGGCCAUGGCCGAUGUGCGUGUGCUGAUCUCGUGGGCACAGUGGGAAACGGCACAAUCGUGUGUGAACAAUAAGUUGCGUACAUUUUUGGGUAAGCCACAAGAAACCUUUCUCAAAAUUGAAUCACUAAUCAAAGAAAACGCACGAAUCCUAUCAAUGAAAGAGAAACUGAAAGUACCAAAUGUUGAUACAAUACUGGCCAAUCAACGGCAUGCACGAAUUUUAUUAGGCUUCAUGGAAGCGUUGGAAAAGUAUAUUUAUAAUGCAUCCGAAGGAACAGUUUGUUUACCACCAGCCGAGAAACCAGCACGAACAUUUUUCUCAGUGAAUGCAAGCACUUGCAGUGAAUGGUUUAACCGCAUCCGUACCGCUGUCGAUUUGGUCGCGUUGCACUGCAUGGAACCCGAAAUGGUGAUUCGAUACACGGAAAGUGUGUUGAAAAAUUUGGCUGCAAAUGGCAAACACAUCGAACCACUGUUUGAACACACGCUGAUGUCGCACACAUGGGCGCUGUUGCGCAACAAAGAAGGCGAUGCACUCGAAGGACUGUUUGUGUGGACAAAAGCCAUUACGAAGAAGAAACACAUGUGGAUCAAAAUGGCUGCAGAGCAAGCCAACGGUCAUUUGGAAACAGCGACUACGGGAUACAAGAAUAUUUUAGCCAAUUUGGAUGAAUCAAAAUCGGAUGCGCAUUUCAGAGAGUUUAUUUUCGAUCAGCUCACAAUGUGUUUGGCCAACGCACAGGAAUGGCAACAACUUCAUGAUGUGCUUCAUGCUGAAGAGACUCGAAACAUACCCAGAGUUACGAUUCCAUUGUUAUCCGUUAAUUCAAAACAAAUCGAACACUUUAUCGAAUAUCGAAAAUCAAGCGAUGAUGCCAUACUCGAGAUGAGCGACUGGGAAAUUUUGAAUAACGAUUCAAAUGGCAUUGCAAAUGAUUUUUCAUAUCAUCGCUUACUUUCGUUGACCGAGAAUACGAUAUGCAACAUGAGCAUGAAAUCGCGAAAUAAUCAUGUUUACAACACUGAGCUGGAGAAAGCAUGUUUUGAAAUUGUUCAAAGCGGAUUGCAAGAGUGUCUUCGAACACGAUCGCGUGAGCACCUCAACAAUUUGGUGGUAAUGAAUCACAUUUGCCAUAAGGUUGCCAACCGAAAGUUGACUGGAGAACGUGAAAACACGCGCAGUCUAUGUGUUGACAAAACAUUUGGAUCGACGGUGUUAACACUUCUCUUGAAUUGGUCCGAGUAUUUUGAUAAUGCCACCGAGGUUGGCGAACAAAUUAACCUUGAUCUACGGUUGGACGUUUGCUCAAUGACCAGAAAAGAAGGAAAUUUAACACAUUGCCGAAAACAGUUGGAGAUUUUCUUUGAUAAAAUCAACUUUUGCCCACAAAUCGGAUGCGUUGAAUCGAAUUUGGAUUCGAUUUGCGAACGUUUGAUUGCCAGCGCUGAGAAACCGCAAUGGGAAACGAAUAUUUGGAAUAAAAAUACCGUGAGAAGUGCUUAUGAAAUGUCCAAAUGGCUCUAUAGUUACCCGGAUAAGAAAGAGACAGCUAUUCAAUUCGCUGCGGCCAAUGCCAUCACAAUUGGUAACAGCUUGGAAAUGAUAAAAGGCUCAGAGGAUGAACCUCUGAUUCAACAGCGAAUCGCACGUACUUUCCUAACCUUGGCCGAAUGGUUACAAUCGGAGAACGAUCAAUUUUUGAUUGAAUCAGCUGAUAAACCCAUUGGCAAGGUGAUCAAUUCAUUAGAGGACGUUCGUUUGCGCAACUCCAGUUUAAAAUCGGAACGCGAAGAAGUGACUUCGAUCAUAUCACCGAUUGAUGUGGCGAUUGGAAAGCUGUUAAGUCGCAGCGUUCAGCAAUGCCCAGAUUUGAGCAAAGCAUAUGGAGCCUAUGGUAAUUGGUGCUAUCGAUGGGGCCGUAAAAUCGUUGAACUUCGCACCGAAAAAGAUGAAAAAGCCGGCUUGCGAUCGAAUGAUUUGCUCAUCAUCAAAGAUUUAAUACCGAAUGCAAGUGCCAGUGACAUUGAUCUUAUUUCUAAUGUACUCGACGCUCACAAAGUCAGCGCAGAGGAUGAGGAAUUGGUCGUGUCUAAUUCGGAUAAUAUUUCAUCUACCGAAAUCAUUGAACUACAACUACGACAAAUUGCUAUUUUGAGUGAUUGCUCCACUGAAACUCUGCAGAAAAUCAUCGAAAUUUGGCGCUUGGCAAAUCGAAAUAUUUACAGCUUUUAUGAAAUGGCCGCAGAGGCCUACUUUAAAUACCUUCAGCUUGCAACUCAAAUGCAGGACGAUGGUUUAGCCAAUGUUACAAACAUUGCCGAUGAUGGGAAAUCAACUGAAAAUUGUUCGGUUGUUACUGCGACGUUGAGAAUUUUGCGCUUGAUUGUGAAGCAUGCACUUGGUUUGCAGGAAGUCUUGGAACACGGACUGGAAACCACACCAACUUCACCAUGGAAGAUUAUCAUCCCGCAACUUUUCUCCCGGCUUAACCAUCACGAACCAUACGUUCGAAAGCGUGUAUCAGAGCUGUUAUGCCGUGUUGCUCGUGAUUCACCUCACUUAAUCAUAUUCCCGGCUGUGGUUGGAGCUGCCCAAGACAAGCAACGUGUUAACAUCACCGAAUUAUCAUCAUUCUCCGCCAGCAAUCAUCGGGACGUCCAAUCGCCCAAUUCGGCAUUGACCAUCUGCUUCAACUCUCUGCUAGACACACUCUCGAAACAAGCAUCUGAACAAGUGCAACAGGUUCAGUUGAUGGUGCGUGAACUGAAACGAAUCACCUUGCUGUGGGAAGAAUUAUGGUUGUCAUCGUUAUCACAAGUGUACUCCGAAUGUGCUAAACGAGUUGCAAUCCUUGAGAAUGACCUGGCGAAAUUGGCCACCGAAGAGAGCAAUACAAAGCAAUUGGAUGAAAAUAAGCGUAUUGUGCUUGCGGAGAAAUACCGUGUGAUUUUGCGUCCGAUUUUGUUUGUCAUGGAGCGUCUAAACGAAGCGACUUCCGUGAAGGCGGAAACAGCUAAUGAAUUGGCAUUCCAAGAGCGAUUCUCGACAGCUAUUCAAGAGACAAUACAAUCGGUGAAGGAACCAUUAAGCUUUGGCAGUUUAUCACCCGACGGAUGGGUCAAAUUCAAGCAACUUUACACCAUACUGCAACAACGUUCGCAAAAACGGUCAUCCAGUCAAUAUAAAAUGGUGGACAUCAGUCCAGUGUUGGCUCAGAUGAAAAAUACCGUCAUUUCAAUGCCUGGAAUUGAAAAUCAUCAAAACCGAAGUCGAAGUGAUGGCGAUCAAAAUCGCUGGAUUUACAUUCGAUCCGUUGAUAAUUUCGUACAAAUUUUACCAACGAAAACUAAGCCGAAAAAGUUGGCAUUUUAUGGCAGCGACGGUCGUAAAUACACCUAUCUCUUCAAAGGUCUGGAAGAUUUACAUUUGGAUGAACGUAUCAUGCAAUUCUUAUCGAUAGCCAAUUCAAUGAUGACCAAAACACGAACCACUUUCGGACAAACUACCAAAUAUCGCGCAAAACAUUAUUCGGUUACGCCUCUUGGUAACCAUUCCGGUCUAAUCAGUUGGGUGGAUGGAAUGACGCCGAUAUUUGCGUUGUAUAAAAAAUGGCAACAGCGUCAAGCGACGAGUCCCAAAAAGGAAAAGAGUCCAUCAAAUGCGACAACAAAUGCUAAGAAUACGCCACCGCAAGCAAUUCCACGACCAUCCGAACUGUAUUUCCAGAAGUUAACGCCUCUCCUCAACAAACACAAUAUCAAAGCGAACCAAAGCAGCCGAAAAGAAUGGCCUUUACAAGUACUAAAGGAAGUCCUUGCGGAGCUCACUGCUGAAACACCACGCGAUCUUCUUGCCAAAGAACUAUGGUGCUACAGUACCAACGCAGCAGAAUGGCGCCAAGUUAUUCGUAAUUAUGCUCAAUCGCUUGCUGUGAUGAGUGUUAUUGGCUACGUCAUCGGAUUAGGUGACAGACAUUUGGAUAAUAUUUUAGUUGAUUUAAUGACUGGUGAAAUUUUGCACAUUGACUACAAUGUGUGCUUUGAAAAAGGGAAAACGUUGCGAGUACCAGAGAAAGUGCCGUUCCGCAUGACGUCAAAUUUACAAGAAGCGCUCGGUGUAACGGGCAUUGAGGGCACAUUUCGGCUGGCGUGCGAACAUGUCCUAAAAACACUGAAAAAGGGACGUGAGACAUUAUUAACACUAUUGGAAGCGUUUGUUUAUGAUCCGUUGGUUGAUUGGGCCGUUGCUGAAGAUACGGCAAUUGGCGGGGGCGCAAAUGAGGCAACAACAACAACAUCAUCAAAUCGACACCAUCAGCAACAGAUGGCCAACGAAAAGGAUCGUCACAACAAUGUUGUCGCACUCGGUGCUACUGAAAUGGCUUUCGGCAUUGAAACGGCACGUAAACAAAUGCAAGACGAAUUCACACGAGAUACACUUAUCAUCCAAUUCACCGAACUCAAACCGGACUGGUUGCAAAAUAGAGAUGGUUUCUACAAUCAAUUAAAGCAAGUGCAGGCAUAUUUGCUGAGCUUGCAGCAGCAGCGUUUGUGUUUGCAAUCGUUGGAGGCGAAUCGAAUGUUGUUGGCCAAGCAAGCUGCGAUGGUGGCUGAAGCCAUGCAACUCGACUCAGCAUUGGGCAGUCAUCCGUUGGGCACUCUAGCACAACGCUACACCAUUUACAAGCAGAAAAAAGACGAAUGCGACAGUUGUCGACGUGCAUUGGUCGAUCGAAUGUCACAAUGUACCAAGCAUAUGAUAGAUUAUCACAACUGUUUGCAGGCCAUCGAAGCGAACAAGAUAGCCGAGCAUUUGAGUGAAUUAAACGAAUUGAUGGCAUUGCUAAAGGUCACCGCAACGAAUCAUGCUUUUGAUUUGGUUAAAGAAUUCCUCGAUACAGCAGCACAAAAACCGAUUUAUGUGCAAAGUUGCCAGCUAAGCUCGGGUCUUGAUACGCUGGUAACAAAACAAAUUACCACCAUUCAAAAAUCACUCGAAUCACUCGUGGAAUAUGGCGCAAUAACACGGUAUCAUCCACCGUCGGUGCAUACACAGCACCGUAUCAUCAAGUAUGCGGAAUGGUGUAAAUAUCUGGCGGAACAUCAAUCAGUUCAGGAUUGUCGUGAUAUUGUCACACAAUUCCAAGCAACAAUCGGAAAGAAUGCCAACAACAAAGUGCCCGUACAACAGGUGAUUACGUUCUCCUAUUCGUUGCAGACAACGCUACGAGACGGUGAAUUCAAGCUGCAAAAGUUACUCGAGCGUUUGAAUGUUGAAACGGACAAUGCAGUAAUUGAUGGCAGCACAACCGUAAACAUCAUGCAAUACACAAAUCUAUUCGAAGAUGCGCGCAAUUCGAUUCGCAUCUUUUUCCAAAACCAAAACACUUUGUCAACCGAAAAGAAGUACAAUGUGCUAGCCCUGCAUUGUGUCACGAUAACGAUAUUAUGCGAUUUGAAUAAGCGACUUUUGUUGAUGGAAAAUGCGGCCGCAAGUUCAGCAGACAACAUGGUCGACUUAACAUUCAAUGGAAAUUGGGUCUUAGACGAAUUGUAUGCGCAUUCGGCAAUCAUGUGCGAAAUGGCAUCAAUCAUUGAAAAGGCUCAUCGGGAUCAUGCGACAGAAACCUUGACCGACCAAUUCAAAUGUGCUGCACAAUGCUUACGCGAAAUACAGAACAUUCACGAGAAUUUGCGCGAGUUCAACGAACAAUUUUCUUUAACGAUUCUCAACGAUGUACUCUAUGGCAUUAUCAGCGAAAAACAAAGCGUUUUGGACAUGAUUUCAGCAUUAUCGAGCCUGCAAGAGAGUUUACACACCAUUCCAGAGCUAUUGAACAAUUUGUAUUUGCAUUUGAGACAUGGGGCGAAUGCUGAAGCAGCUACUCAUCAAGCAUCCGAUGAUGUGGCUGUGCUGCGACAAAAAUUGAAUGCACUCAAAGCGCAAAUGGAGCAAAGUGGUAACGAAAUCGGGUCAAAACUAUUCCUUCGCAUCAAUGGAUUAUUCGAAAAGCUUGACGAUGAGUAUGAUCGACUAAUCGAUUGUGUUCAGGACCUAAAUUUUCUGGGCGAUCAGCGGAAAAUUGACCAAAUAAAAAAUUCUAUACAGCUAGCGUCAACCGUUCUCAGUUCCGAUAGUCGUGUCACCUUGAAGGAAAUCUUUUUCGUCAAAAAAAUCGAAGCAAUGGUUGAAUUCUUCACUAUGAUCCUACAAAUCGCCUGCUCUUUCAAAUCGGCCGGCAUGAAUCCAGUGUACAUCGAGGACAGUCAACUGUGUCGACCGCUACGAAAAUAUUUGACCGAUUUUGUUUGGCGUAAAAUGUUUGGUUUACAAUCCUAUUGUGUGACCGUGAUAUUGUGCGAUUUAUUGCAUGGCAUAAAUGUUGAUGUCGAAAGCGAAAUAAAUAUGGUCGAUGUGGGUGCCCAAAGCGUUGUAUCCAUGGAGGAAUUGUGUCGUAAAUCGGUUGACAAAUACGUUCGAAGCGAAAAAAUACCCAAAAUGAUUCAAACGCAGGCAACAACGCUUUGUUGGAAUUUGGAUGGUGCCUGGCGAAAACUAUGCACCAUACAAAAUAUUCAGAAUCAAGUGACUUGCCAACAGAAUACGUUGCUGCGUUCACAGUUGAUAUUAACGGCACACUUUUGGAUGUACGAAGAAGCGCUCACCAAACAAACUGGAUUUUCGAUAAAACCAACCCGUAACCGUGCCACAAUCAUGUUACAGCUGGAUGAAACCACUAAAACCCUAAUCACACUCCAAUCAAGCGUGCGACGGCAACGGGAUGAGUUGUCCGUAUUAACCACCGCUAUAAAUCAACGAUUGAAAUGGGCAGCCGGAGCAAAUCCACAACUAGUCGAUUUGAUGAACGAAUUUGUGAGCUUGAUAACAAAGCGACAAGAAAGCAUCGAACGCAUUGGUUUGUUGGCAACGGCAGCGCUAAAGGAGAGCUCAGCCAUUCUGAAGUAUGAAAAAUUGCGUGUGUCAACGACCGAAGCAUUGGACGAAGAUCAAAAGUUUUUGGGUUUGGUAUCGCGAUGGGAAAAAUGCUGUAACAUUGCAAAAACAUGUGUAAACGCUGUCACGCCGAUUGAAGAGGGCCUCAUUGAGAUGCUUGAUCCAGAGGGUCCAAUUGAUCGAAUGUGGUUGAACAAUGUCGCGGCAUUAAUUGAUGAAUUGGUCAACCAAGUACAGCAGGACAUAAGCAAGAUUGAACGGGAAAUCGUUGAUUCACAAGAUGAAUUACAAUCGUGUGCUUAUCGAUUACGUGCAUUGAUGGCUACUCACAAUCGCAUCGCGCCGAAAAUUUUGAACUUGGUAAAUGCAAUUUAUCGUAUGGUCGACGAAGACAAGAAAUCCAUUUUGGGCGAAUACGUGGAGAAGCAUAAUUUGAUGAAGGAAACCAUUGCCGAACUGCAAGGCCAUAUUAUGAGCAAAGAUUUCACCGAAGAACUGGUGAACGUUACACUCAAUCAAACUGCUGAAUUACUAAACACAUUGAAAGAUACAUUCAAUAAUCUGAUUAGUGUCGGCCAUUUGUUGACUGAAAACGACAAAAUGCUAACGACACCAGUCAUCGCCCAAAUUCAGCAACAGGAUUGUGUCCUCAGUCGACCGAGCAGCCCAUCAAAAUCGAAGACACAAAAAGGAACGGAGCAAAAACGGAACGCAUAUGCAGUGUCUGUGUGGCGCCGUAUUCGCAUGAAACUGGAGGGUCGUGAUCCGGAUCCAACACGACGCUAUUCAACCGCCGAACAAGUUGAUUGGAUGAUACGCGAAGCAAUGGAUCCCAACAAUUUGGCCGUUCUCUACGAAGGAUGGACGCCAUGGGUGUGAACACAUUAUAACAUCGAUUCAAUACACCAUGAAACUGUGAACAACUAAAAUCAAAAGAAACUAAAAAAAAAUCGCAUUCGAAUUUCGAUUUGGAAAUUUGAUGGAAAAUAAUUUCUUUUGACAUUAUUACGUAACGACGUUUGUGUCCCGUUGUCAUCGAAGCGCAUUUCGCAUCUUCACCCCCCAAACACAAACAGAGGAACAACAACAACAACAACAAAAUAGUGUUUUAAGUAAAAACAAAAGAACAUGGCUAUUCAAUUUAAGAUCUACACAAUAUUUCGGGUGGUUGAUGGAAAUAUAUUGCGUUGACAACACAGCAAACUCAAAAUAGAUUACAAGGAAGCAAGCGCUCCGGUCAAGCUGCGACCGGCUCGCAUUUGGUGCAAUUUCUGCAUUCAAUUCGCGUUUUGUGUAUUCGUUUCAAAUUUGCCAUCAUAAAAACCAACUCAACGAGCAAAAUACACACACAUAUACAUGUAUAGAAUAUAAAAAACAUAAAGAUCAAGGCAUCCAAUGAAAUUUGGAAAGAAAAAUGUAUCAGAAUCAAAUCAUUUAAGAAAAAUUAAAGAUAAAAAGUAAAUUUGCUUUCACUACGCUACUCUAUGAUCGUGACCAGAGAUCUGAUGACGGUGUGGCUGUAGGUAGGAGAUAAGGAAACACUGUCCAAGCGGCAUUAUAUGACAGCUUUUUUUCAUUGUGCAGACUAACAUCAUUCAAUCUCAGUGUAUCUUCAUUUGAAUUGUGAAUCCGAAAUUAUCCAAAGUUAUUUUCUUCAACACUCAUUCGAUUAUUUGGCAAACCGAUUAAAAUUAUCAUCAUUCAUUAUGUUUUGGAAUUUAGAAAAAAAAAAGUAACGUUUUCCUUGUAAUUAAAUCAUCUGAAUUACCAUGUCGUUUUAUUUGCUAUAUCAGGCACGAAGUUAAUGGAAACAGAAACGCGGCCCAGAUGAAUUUACUUUUUUUUUUAUUUUGAAGACCCUUCCGGUCGCUCAAAUUAUGUUCAUUCAUUUUAAUUGGAUUUUAAGUUAUACCGAAAAGAAAACAAAUUAUCUGACCUAAAUGUUCAAUAAACGUAAUUGGAUAUAUCAUGCAA